AUGUCGGACAUAUCUGAUUUUUCGGGUAAUGAUGAAUUUUCGGAUGGUGAAAAGCAAAGAAAAUUAUUCAACAGAAAAUCAAGGAAUUCAACUCUCCAAAAAAAAAAUACUACAGAUAAAGCAGAGUCUUUAAGUAAAAUGAGUAGUGCGAAAAGUUCUGAUAAUAUCCAAGAAGAAAAUAGAAAAACAUCUAUACAAAAAUCAGAAACUCUCAAAUCGACGAAGAGUUUAAACACUAAAAGGGGCUCUCAAGAUGAGCAUAUAUUAAAUUCAAAUGACUCCAAAUCAUUUAAAAAUCAAUAUAGUGCUUCUAAACUGAAAGAUGAGGGAAAAUCCAAUACCAAUCCCAAUGCCCGAGUAGCAGAUUGUGUUAUGUCUCCACCAGAGUUUUUUUUGUCUCAUAUUUAUCAUGAUAAUAAAGUGUUUACAAAAAAGUACGGUCACUCAAUAGUAGAAUAUGAGAAUGAGUUCUUUAUUUAUGGUGGAAUAAAUUCGCAUAAUGAAUAUUUGGACGAAUUCUUAAUUUUUACAUAUGGUCCUAAUACAUUUACUUCUAAAAAGUUGAGUGUAAAUCCUGGAAAAAGAGCAUAUUCAUCCAUGACACUAACAUAUAAUGCUAAUUAUAAUCCAUCUUUAUUAGUGUUUGGAGGAUUAUGUGGACCUAACAUAGUAGCAAAGGACUGUUAUAUGUAUGACUUUUCGGAAGAUGCAUGGUCGAAAUAUUCUUACAGAUUAGAUUCCAUUCCAGGAUCACGAUUUGGACAUGCAUAUACGUUCUGCCCUAGUACUUAUACAACAAUUAUUUGGGGAGGACUAAAUAGAAAUAAUGAAUUAUUAAAAACUGGGUAUAAAUUUGUUGGAGGAGAAUGGUCAGAAAUUAAGCAUAAAGGUAUAAGUCCUUCAGGAAGAGUUUUUUCUUCUCUUGUUUGGUUAGAUAGAACAACGAAAGAUAAUAUCAGUUAUAGUCUUCUUUAUUUAUUUGGUGGAGAUUUAAAUAGUAAAGGAUCUCCAACAGAUGAAUUAUGGGUAUAUAAUAUCAAAAAUGAAAAUUGGACAUUAGUCAAAAACUCAUCUGGGGAAGCACCUUGUGCAAGAUGGAAACAUGGAGCUGUUAUUAUCGAUAAAAAUAUGUGGAUAUCUGGUGGCUUGUGUUCUGGUUGGUUUUCUAAUUAUAGUAUUCCUGAUUUAUAUGUAUAUGAUAUUCCAUCUAAUUGUUGGUUUAAUUGUCAGAUAGCAUCUAAACAGAUACAUAACUGUUAUGAUUAUGGUACCUUAAAUUUACAUUCUCAAACGAAAGCUUUUUUUCUAUUUGGUGGGAAAAAUGCUAAUAAUGAUCCCACCUCUAAUGUGUGUAGAUUUGCACCUCUAUGCACAAGUGUGUCUAUUAUGACUAUGAGAAACGAAAUAAAGAGAUUUUCUAAUUAUGUCCUUGAAGUUAAGAAAGAAUCAGAAGAAACUGCAAAUAAUGUAUCAGAAAUGCAAAAAAUUAUCCAUACAUACAGUCUAGACAUAAAAGAUUUUAAAAUUUUAUUUGAGGCCCUAACAAGAAGUAUACAAAUGCUUAAUGUACAUAUAGAAAAUAUUGACAGGGAAGUAUCACUUUUAAAAAAAAAAAAUUCAGGAAAUGAUGAAAAAAAAGAGAAUAAUGAGAAUAAUGAGAAUGAUGAGAAUAAUAGGAGUAAUGGGAAUAACGAGAAAAAUGACCCUAAGGAUAUAGCUCCAACAAAUGUCGACAAUACAACAAAAAAGGAAAGCACUGAAUGUGAGGUUAACAAAGCGGGAGAAGACAAAACUCAAGAAUAG